AGGGGGUCCCGGAGCAUCCCGGAACCUCCCGGAGCAUCCCCGAGCCCACCGGAGCCUCCCGCGGCCAUGGCCCGCCCCGCCGCGCCCGGCCCCGCGCCAUGGUGGAAUUACUUUUUCCUCUAUGAUGGCUCAAAAGUGAAGGAGGAAGGGGAUCCUACGAGUGCCGGGAUCUGUUAUUUUUACCCUUCCCAGACCAUCCCAGAGCAGCAGGAGCUGCUGUGUGGGCAGAUGGCCGGGGUUGUUCGCUGCCUCACCGAGAUCUCCGGGGCUCCUCCCAGCCUCGUCCGCCUCAGGAAGCUCAAGUUCGCCGUGGUGGUGGAUGGAGACUUUCUGUGGGGUGUGGGCUGCAGCCAAGGAGAGCUGGGGAGGGUCCUUGCAGUGCACAGAUUUAAUUGCAAGGUUCUGGGCUGUGCUGUGGAGCUGCCUGACGUCAGCUGCCGGCGGCUCCUGGAGCAGCUCAUCGGCCUCUUCACCUUCUACCAGGGCCCCGUGCGUGGUGCAUACACGGCGUUUUCCCAGGAGGAGCUGAGCAGGGAGUGGGACAGGUACAUUGAACACAUCCAAAACAACACCAGUGACCUCCACAGGAUCUUCAAUUCUCUCUGGCACCUGGACAAAACCAAGGUGGAUCCCCUGCUUUUGCUGAAGGCAGCUCUCAUCCUGCAGACGUGCCAGCGCUCUCCCCAUGUCCUGGCUGGCUGCAUCCUCUACAAAGGCUUGAUUGUGAGCACCCAGCUGCCACCUGCAGUCACUGCCAAAGUCCUCCUGCAGGGCAGCGAGUCCCCAGGCCAGAGCAAGCCCGGAGCUGAGGAGCCACAAGAACGUGAGUCUCUGCUGCCGCCGGGCGUCCGAAUCCUCCCGGUGUUCCUCACAGGAGAGGAACUCUCCGUGCUCCGGGACUUCCCAGUGGAGUGGAUGGCCAGGUCACCCGUGUCCCCAGCAGGUCCCAGGGGAGAGGAGAGUGCUCUCUGCCCCCAGGCAGUUCCAGAAUCAACAGGAGCUCGUGAAAACCAAGCCCUGGAUGGAAUCUCUGUGCAGGAGUCCCAUGAGGAUGCUUCAGGCACACCUGCCCCAGGAGAUGCUGUGCAGUUGGGCAGCCCUGCAAGCCCUCUGAUGGACUUCUCUGAAAUGGGAUCCGGCACAAGGAAUUCUCCAGCUGCAAACCUGAGUGGGGCAGGCAGUGAAACCUCAGGGAGCAACACAGAGCAGCUCCCAAGCCCUUCCUCACUCCAGACUGAAUGUGCCUGGACUACAGGUCCAUACCUGGAAGGCUUUUCCUUUCCCAGCCCUUACUCCUGGGAGCAGGAGAGCCAGGACAAGGGGGAAUCCCCCGCGGAUUCUGAUGUUGGUCACCCUGCUUCCCAAAAUCCCCUUUCAGUCGGCCACAGUCCAGCUGUUCCCUCUCCUGCCCAGGAGCUGAGCAGAAGAAAACCCAGUGAGCAGAAAAAGCCAUGGACUGUGAGCCAGGACCGUGUGUCCGGAGAAGGUGCCGGUCCAGCUGGUGACCACCUGUUGGGCUUGGAUGGUCCAGGCCCUGCUGGACACAUGCAGCUCCGGAGCAGGAGGCAGCUGCUCUUCCCAGGGGCUCAGGAGGCUCUGCCCGGUGACCCUGCAGGGGACAGGCCAUGUCCCAGCGGCGCGGAGAGCAGCUGGCACAGGCUGGGCGGCAGAGGGGGUGAGCCAGCCCAGCUGAGCCUCUACGUUCACUGCAUCCAGGGGCUGGUGCUGUCGCUGCUGGCCGAGGAGCAGCUGCGCCGGGACCGCGGCGCCGUGGAGGACGUGUACCACAGCAGCCUGGCCUCUCUAAACGGCCUCGAGGUUCACCUGAGGGAGACUCUGCCCAAGGACUCCUCAGCCUCAGCCAGGACAAACUACAGCUUCACACACUAUGACUGUGUCCAGAACGUCCUCACGGCCAACUUGCCCCACACGCCCGGGCCCCUGGACCGGCACUUCCUGAGGGCAGCCACACUCAUCCACUCCGACUUCAGCCAGCUCCCCACGGCCUCAGAAGUGAUCAUCAGGAACGCCUCCACAGCCGUGUAUGCCUGCCGGAAUCCUGUCCAGGAGACCUACUUCCAGCAGCUGGGAGCUCCGCUGCGCAACUCAGGCGUCCCCAACCCGCACGACAGCGCCUUCAGCCUGCCCAGCAAGGCCAAGCAGAAGCUGCUGAAGCACGGGGUGAACCUGCUGUGAGCUGCUGUGCUCGGACAACGGCUCAGCCCUGCGGGAUGUUCAUCUCCAGUAAGGAAAAUCUCAGCUGUUUGCGCCGACAGAGGCAGGAGGCCCUGCCCUGCCUCUGUGGGGUCUCCAGCCUGCCUGGCCCCGAGGAAGGGACACUCCUCGCCCUGUCCUGCAGCACGUUUUGGGCCAGUGCAGGUGUCACUGACAGCAUUUACCAAAGACUGAGGACAGAGCAUAGCGUUUUGGGGCACUUGGUUUACAUGGGCUUUACAGGCGCUCUCUCUUGGUGCUCUGCAGACUCCCCACGUGCCUUGAUCUGAGCUAAAGCCUCACCUUGCUCUGAGUUACACAGCCCCCGGGCAGCGCUGGCUUUCAGAGAUGUCAGUCAGCCACCGUCUGUGCCUGCACUUGCCCUGGUCAGACUUUGGCUUUAUUUAUAUCCCUUAAUCCAUGGGAAUGAUCCUGCCAUGACCUAGUGCCUUACCUUGGUUAGCAGUGCCUGCCUGUUCUCUCACAGGAGCAGAACAAUCCCAUUGCAGAGCUCACAAUCCCCCUUUGGGUGCUCCCAGGAGGUUUUUACGCCAUGGGUGACUCUGGAGGGAUGUCCCUGUCCCUCCACACCUCCCUGGUCAGUGAUGUGAUGUCCUUGUGCCCACCUGGCUGUGCAGGCUCACGGGGGCUGGGUGAUGGUGGUGGUGGUGUGAGUGUCCCUCAGCUUUGUCCCUCCCUCCUGCUGCAGGACCUCACUUCACUGCUCCUACUGCUCCGUUUGCCCACGCUCUGCAGACCCCGAGGCUGCCUCUUAGCUGAUUGUGCUGGUGUUUUAGGGACCAAAGAGAUUUUGUAUCCCCUCAGCUGCUGUUCCCUUUCUGACAGUGUCCCCAGUCAGUGGUGGCCAAGGGAGCCCAUGGUGGUGGCUGCUUAGACUAAGUGAUGGAUACCUGUGUUUGUCUGGGUUUGGAACCUGCUGCUGGUGCAGACA